AUGUGGGUGAAGCCUUGGGUUGGUAGACGAAAGGAACAAGGUAUACACCAUAACUUAUUCACAGAGCUUUGGUUAGAAGACCAAGAUAAGUUUCGAAGAUGUCUUCGAAUGGAUACAGCUACUUUUGAAAAAUUACUCAAUAAAGUUACACCUUUAAUAAUAAAGCAAGAUACGCAUUUAAGAAAAAGUAUUCCACCUGCUGAAAGAUUAUCUCUUACUUUAAGGCACUUAGCCACUGGUCAAAGCACUGUAUCAAAAAUAAUUAGAGAAGUGUUCCAGGCAUUGAUUGCUGCACUUAAAGACGAAUUUCUAAGAUUUCCAUCCAAUGAACUAGAAUGGAAAGUAAUAGCUCAAGAGUUUGAAAAUAAGUGGAAUUUUCCUAAUUGCAUUGGCGGAAUAGAUGGGGAACAUGUGAGAAUUGAUCCUCCUUUACAAUCAGGAUCCUAUUAUUUUAAUUACAAAGGCACAUUUAGUAUAGUUCUUAUGGCUGUUGUGGAUGCAAAUUUAAGAUUCAUAUAUGUUGAUAUUGGCACUAAUGGUCGUAUCAGUGACUCUGGAAUGUGGAGUAAAUGCUCUUUAAAAGCUCAUCUAGAUUCAGGCCAAUUCAGAAUACCUGCAGCAUCACCUCUUCCUGGCACUGACAAGGGAAGUGGCCAAAGUGAUAAUCGCGACUUGAUACAAAAUAUAUAUCGUUGGAAUGGUCUUGCCGAGUAA